AUGAACGGUCAUGAGUUCACCGAGUUCUGGCCCCAAAACCAUGCCUCUUCCUUAUUCUACCACAACAAUAACAACUUGAACAUGCCGUUCGGUGACUCCCAGCAAGGAAGUCAGAUUAGGUCUAACGGAGAAGGUAAGAAUCUUAAAUUUGAUACAUAAAUACCCUCAGGCGAAAUGCCCUCAAUGGAUAACAGCCAUGGUCAUACUCAAAACAAUUCAUUCUUGUCACCAGAAACUAUUUUUAAUGGUCAUAAUGAUCAACAACAGAAUCAUUUUAAUUCUUUUCAAAUGAUGGGAAUGGAUGCUGCUUCUUCAGCCGCACAGCUCUUGGCUGGGAUUCAGCAUCAUAAUUUAAGCCAUUUCCAACAUUCAGGUGAGUUUCUCUUCCGUUUUAAGACUUUGUUUCCUCAAAGGGAUCUUCUUUUCGUCUCUAAAGUAAUGCCUAAGAAAUGUAGGAUACUCAAUUACCGUAAUCCACAACAUUUCCGACUUUCCGCGGGGCUUUUUCGGAAGGUCAAAAACAAGAUGACAUGUCUGUAGACAACUCUUCCGUGAUUUCGUAACGAACUAAUUCGUAGUCUAUCUCAGAUGUCUUAAAAAUAUUUACAUAUUUGAGUCUAUUGUAUCUGCUACAAUAUACUUUCAGCCCUUCCCCCGUCCUUCAUGCAGCUGAAUCUGCAUGCGGCUGCAGCUGCAUGUGCAAAAGAGUACAAUGAGCCGGAUCAACAUCGACAGUCGCCGGUGGCAAUGUUUGAUCUGGAUCAUCAAGCAAAUACAUCGGGACGGAAUCAGGUCCGACAAGAUCUGGAUCGGCUUCUAAAUCAGUCCAGAGAAACGGCUAAUCUCCCCGAAAUCAGCGAAAUGACUCAUAUGCAGACAGCAGUGGAACAUCAGAAUAUUCAAGGAAUUCAGAAUAAUAUAUCUGCUGGAAUUCAACAGAAUCUUCAACCUCCAGCAUCUGAAUCGACAACAUCAGCUGCUGAUAAUCUUCUGAGCCCUCUCUUUCCAUUAAAUCCAUUCGAAUCAAGACCCCCGUUGGUCAAUCAGAUCGAUCUCAUGCUCAAUAAUAUGUCACAACCUCAACAUCAAGGGGCAAUUCAUGAACUUGAUCAUGGCUUCGGACCAAAGGAUGUGAUGAAUGACAAGGAAAUGAUGAGAAAUCAUGAGAAAAUGUUUAUGGAGAGGAAGAAAAUCAAAGAAGAGAACCUUCAAAGAGAAAAGCUGUAAGAAACUAUGAAAAAAACAUAAAAAAUAUUGUUCUAGGAUGACAAAAGACUCAAGGAAUAACAGUCCGCCUGUGUGUCAAGUCUGCCUCUCAGGCCCAUCCAAUGGCCUUCAUUUCGGCGCUCCCAGGACAUGUGCUGCCUGUGCGGCCUUCUUUAGGUAAAAUUAUUUCACAUAGAAUCAAUCACAUUAUCCAUGAGUGUAAGCAAUUACAUAAUAUUGCCAUUUUAGGAGGACAAUCAGCGAUCAAAAGAAGUAUAUCUGCAAAAGACCCCAGCGGUGCACAAUGAAGUUCUCCGAAUGUAAGUUCCUUUGAAGCCAGGAUCACGAAUGUCAGCAGUAUUAGAAUAAAAAGCACGGGGCGACAAUGGGGAAUUUAACAAUUGGGGAAAACGACAAUUGGUGAAAGUGAAAAUAUUAUUUUUCUUGCAUGUAGUUUCGAACUCAGAAUAAUCGAUGGCGCUUAUUUCAAAAAUUACAUUCGCUUUUUUCUGAUUGUCUUUUUUCCUGAAGUAGUACUGUAAAAUCGUAAUUUUCCGAAUUUUGUCACAAAUACUCGAUUUGGAGGUCUUCGAUAGUGUUGAUUCCGAAAAUCUGAUUAUUUUUUCUGAUUUGAAAACAGACCAUCGAAAACCACUAAAUCGAGUAUUUUUGAAGAAAGUUCACGAAAUUGCUAAUUUACAGUACUGCUUAAGAAACAAGUAACGACUAGAAAAAAUUAAUACGAUUUUCGAAAAUAGCAUUUUUCGAAAACCCCCAAGUCGAGUAUUUGUGAAAAAAAAUCUAAGAAUUACUACUUUACAGUACUACUUACUGUCAAGAAAAACGUAACGAUCAGAAAAAACAUGAUUUUUCAAAUCGACGCCACAGAUUAUCCUAACUUCGACCGUUAUAUGCAAGAAAAAUAAUAUUUUUCGGUUUUCACGAUUGUCUUUUUCCUCCAACUGACGACGUUCCCAAAAGCAUACCCUCUUUGUGAAAGAUUACUUCGUUUUUUCGUUUUAGCCGCCGGUUACCGAAAGAUUUGCCGGAACUGCAGAAUGAAGCGAUGUUUGGAAAUAGGAAUGCUUCCAGACAGUAAGUGACCUUAUUUUUAUAAUACUUCACUAACGUUUCUUGAUUGAAAUCCAAUAAUUGGUGCUUUUUAGAAGUGCAGCACAAAAGGAAUCGCCGAGAUUUUAUGUCAUUUCGAUCCAAAAUGGAUUCCAAACCCUCCAACGAAAUGUUAUCGAUAUCCCAAGGCUUCCCUCAAAUGCACCACGAACAUAAUGGUCAUCUCGAGAGUGUCUCCAGUCUAUUACCACCAAAUCCUUGGCCUUCCAUCAACCAGGUCGGAUUCUCUGGUUUGUAA